AUGCGCCGAUACAGGCCUGGAGGAGGUCCCGUGCGGGCUCAUGGCGGCGUGCCGGUGCCUGAUCCCUUUGCCAUGGUACGCGCAUACGACAGCGACUCCAAUCCCGCCCGCCCGAUACGUCCCUCCCCGCUGGCCGCCUCGACGAUUCAGGGUCUACCGCUAGACCUGCUCGACCGCCUGCGCUCCUUCCCGCUGUUCCAGGCAGCCCCCGACUCCUUCCUCACCCAGGUUGGCCUGCACCUGAAGCCGCAGCUAUACCAGCCUCAUGACACAAUUCUCACCGAGGGCGAGACGGGCAAGGCCAUGUACUGGCUGGUCCGCGGAGCUGUGCGGGUGACAUCGCGGGACCAGGAGAGCACAUACGCAGAGCUGAAGCCCGGUGCGUUCUUUGGCGAGAUCGGUAUCCUGAUGGACAUCCCCCGCACCGCCACCAUCAUAGCCAACAUGCGCUCGCUGGUAGUGCGCCUGAACAAGGAGGACCUCAUGAAGGAGCUGCCCGCGUUUCCCGAAGUGGAAGUGGCCAUCAUGCACGAAGCGCAGGAGCGACUGGCCAUUCUGCAGCGCAAGAAGUCAGAGUUAGGAGGCAAGCGCCCUGCGAUACCCAUGCGUCAGAUCACAGGCAAGCGUGACCGCGAAGAUGGCGACGUGAUCAUGGCCGAGAGCGGCACUCUACGCGAAGGAGAGAUCAAUGCCUUCAAGAAGAGGAAGUCUCCCAGUCCGGGCCUCGCUGAAGCCAUAGCCCAUAGUGCCUUUGGAAGCGGCAGUAUUCAUGUGCGGCCGCUGCUCAAAGAGCUGCCUCUCUUCUCCGAGCUGCCCGACGACAUCCUCCAUUUUAUUGGCAUGCGCGCACAACCCUGUUCGUUUGAUCCUUUCACAGACAUAAUAAAACAGGGCACACAAGGACGUGACGUCUUCUUCAUCGUGAAAGGCGAGGUUGAGGUCAUCAGCAUGAAUGUACCAGAGCAGAACGGUACCACUUCACCCAUAGGUCGUCGAAAAUCUAUCGCCGCGGGCGAGCAACAUUUCCAGGAAGUAAAGGCCCGAUUGAGGCCCGGGCAAUACUUUGGCGAGGUCGUCAGUCUCUCGCUUGCGCCACGCCGCACCGCUACGGUCCGCUCCGUAUCGGCUGUCGAAUGUCUCAUGAUCAGCGGUGACACUUUGAACCACCUCUGGGAGAAGUGCACUCCAGAUGUACGCCGACAGGUUGAGUCGGUCGCGAAGGAGCGGUUACGGACCGCCAAGGACGAAGAUGUACACAUGCUGGACGCGAAUAGUACACCCAACAUCAACGAUCUAGCCAUAGCGGAUCAUAUAAUACCCCGUACACCACGACGCAAGAAGAGUGUGCCAACUGUCACUUUCAAUGACACCAUCGACAUCGACAAUCCGGUGACACCCACCCGGAGAGACGAAAAGAUGAUGGAACCAUUUGAUCCAGACCCAUUUCUUAAUGUCGAUUUGGACAAUGUCAGGUCGAGGUCAAGGAGAGGCUCACUAGCUCCACCCCCACCAGGAUCAAUACCGGACUCGCCAUCCAGCCCAGCAAAAACAGAUUUCCCCAAGUCACCAUCGCCCGGUGGCUCACCCCUUUCCCCAUCACCAUCGUUUUCCAUAUCGAAGCAUGCGUCCACUCCACCAGAAAUGCCACUCGACUACAAACGCCCUCGGCUAGUCAACAGACCAAGUAGAUAUGGAAGAGGUAUACUGUCGGAUCAAGUGCUCACUAAGAUUCUCGCGAAUCUAGACAUACACGAGCUGAUGAAGUUGCGUGUAAUCUCUUCGCACUGGAACAAGUUGAUAUCAGAGUCGCCGGAUAUACUCCACGACCUUGAUCUUAGCAAAUACAAUCGCAAAGUCACGGAUCGAUCGCUUGUAGACGUAAUAUGCCCAUUCGUAGGCAGUCGUCCGAGAUACAUCAACAUCAGUAACUGCUUCCACGUGACAGACGAGGGUUUCGCCGAGCUGGCAAAGACUUGCGGUCCGAGCGUAAGAAUCUGGCGCAUGAAGAGCGUGUGGGACAUCACUGGACCAGCUGUACUGGAGAUGGUGCAGAAGGCGAAGGGUCUUGAGGAGGUCGAUCUCAGCAACUGCAGGAAAGUAGGCGACAACCUUCUCGCUCGAGUGAUAGGGUGGGUGGUUCCAGAGAUGCCACCUCAGAUGGCAAUGGCGCAUGCGCAACAUCAAGCUCAGAUAAACGGUCGCCGACAAGGAAAGGGUGCUAACCAGCCUGCGCCGCAACCGUUACCGCCUGGUACUGUUGUUGGAUGUCCGAAACUGCGACGUCUGACGCUGAGCUACUGCAAGCACAUCACCGAUCGCAGUAUGGCACAUAUCGCCGUCCAUGCCGCAAACCGCAUCGAGAGCAUCGACCUAACAAGAUGCACGACUAUCACCGACGUUGGCUUCCAACACUGGAGUGUGUAUCCGUUUCCACGGCUGACAAAGCUAUGUCUCGCAGACUGCACAUAUCUGACCGACAACGCAAUCGUGUACCUGACGAACGCAGCGAAAGGUCUCAAGGAAUUGGAUCUCUCUUUCUGCUGCGCCCUCUCUGACACCGCAACCGAAGUUCUUGCUCUCGGCCUCCCUUCACUUACACACCUCAACCUCGCCUUCUGCGGCUCUGCGGUCUCAGACACUUCUCUUCGCUGUAUUUCCCUACACCUCCUCGAACUCCGAAAUCUCUCUGUACGUGGUUGUGUCCGCGUCACUGGCACUGGUGUUGAAGCUGUCGUGGAGGGCUGCAGAGACCUCGAACGCUUCGACGUUAGCCAAUGCAAGAAUCUGGGUCGAUGGAUUGAAGCUGGUGGUGUAGAGAGCGUGAAGAGUCGCGGAAGAAACGUCAAAUUUAUAUGCGUUAGCGAUGGGAGGUGGAGAGAUGGCAAGGGGAAUGUGAGGAAAUGA